AUGGCAGCUCACUAUCGCGAUGAUCUCCUCCACGGUACAGACCAUCCCGAUACCCACGCAUCAUCAAAUCGCUGGCGCCACGAAGAAUCCACCGCAUUUGCGAAACAUGCGAAUACGGCACCACGAGAAGCGGACGGGCGACAUGAAAGUGGGAAUUUGGCCAGUUUCCUGAAAGCUUCGCGAGUGGAGGGUAAAGGCUCACCUGGUUCGCAUACACCAAUUAUGCUCGCGGGGAAUGCGCAGCAUGGGGAAGUUGAAGCGACGAGGAGGGAACAAGAUGAAUUGGAGCAGAGGGGUGCUGUGGAUGGGGUGAGGAGGGGAGCCGCGGGGGCGACGGUUAGGUGUGGUCCGCUGCUUAAUUAUAGACGUAUAGAAAAUGAGACUUGGUAUGGGAGUGUGUUGGUUGUGGUUGAUACGCAAUCGUGUAGGGAGGACUCGGUGCCGGAGUUGUGUUUGAGGGUUUUGGGAAGUAGAGAGGCGACGCAAAAUGGUAUGGGAAGGGGUGUAGACAUUGAGAACGGAAAUUCGAAUAGUCAUGCUGAAGUUGAAGCGCAUGGAGUUAUUAAUGGGGUUGACUAUUCUGAAAAUCCAGACCCGGCACAAGCACCAAAUGACAAUACUCCAUUUCAUGGCGGACAACCCAAUGCUUCCAGCAACUCGGAAGAAACUAAGAUUAGAGGAGUCAAGCUAUAUGCAGAUACUGCGAACACUUUCUGGAGAUUUCUUUUACAAGUUCCAAUGCAACAGGAAGAAAUUCAAUGCGUCUACACGAUUCCUGGACUCACAUUUGCUGAAGGGGGAAAGACGGAUAGACAAAACUUUUUUAUACCAGCGAUUACGGAGAGUAUGAGGAUAAUGUUUCAUUCUUGUAAUGGAUUUAGUGUGGGUACGGAUGAGGCUGCUUAUAGUGGUGCUUGUCUUUGGAGAGAUGUUGCGCGACAACAUGAGGAAACCCCUUUCCAUGUUAUGCUUGGUGGUGGAGACCAGAUAUAUAAUGAUGGAAUUAGGGUGAAUGGACCUCUGAGACCUUGGACCGAUAUUGGUAUUCCGAAGAAGAGGAGGGAAUAUCUUUUCCCUGAAAAGUUGAGGAAGGAUUGUGAUGAAUAUUAUGUCAAGAAUUAUCUUCGUUGGUAUUCGACAGAACCUUUUGCUGCAAUGAAUGGAAAGAUUCCUCAAGUCAAUCUCUGGGAUGACCAUGAUAUUAUUGAUGGCUUUGGCUCAUACGUCGAUGAAUUUAUGCGUUGUCCGGUCUUCCGUGGUAUUGGAGGUGUUGCUCAUAAAUACUAUUUACUGUUUCAACAUCACAUUGCACCUCCACCAUCUACAUUUACAACUGAUGCACCUCAGACUAUGUCAACGGAUGGAGUUGGAAUUGAUCCACGUCAAAUGGAAAACACAUACGUAUUGGAGAAUGAUAUCCCUGAUCCAAGUUACAUUAUUGGUGAUAGCCCUGGUCCAUAUGUAGCAGAACGCUCUCGUAGCAUUUAUGCAAGAUUGGGUGCAAGAAUUGCCUUUUUCGGUAUUGAUGCUAGAACAGAACGUACACGACAUCAAGUGAACUAUCCAGAAACAUACAAGAAGAUUUUCGAUCGUCUUAGAGCAGAGCUUACAGCUGCCAAGGCGUCUCCAAAUCCUAUUCAACAUCUUAUUAUUUUACUCGGAAUUCCUAUUGCUUAUCCACGUUUAACAUGGUUGGAGAAUAUCUUUGCGAGCCCCUUAAUGGGCCCACUAAAAUUCAUGAACAAGCGAUUCGGAUUUGGCGGAAGUUUCUUCAACCACUUCGACGGCAGCGUUGAUCUCCUCGAUGACCUCGAUGACCAUUACACAGCUCACACCCACAAAAAAGAACGCCACUACCUCGUCUCACAACUCCAAUCCCUCGCCUCUCAAUUCUCAGUCCGCAUCUCCAUCUUGGGUGGCGACGUACAUCUCGCCGCCGUCGGCCGUUUCUAUUCAAACCCUAGCUUGCAAAUCCCCGUCUCGAAAGAUUUCAGAUAUAUGGCGAAUAUUAUCUCAUCAGCUAUCGUUAACAAACCACCUCCGCAAGCAGUGGCGAAUUUAUUAGCGAGGAGAAACAAAAUUCAUCAUUUGGAUAAAGAGACUGAUGAAACGUUACUCAGUUUCUUCGAUCGAAAUCCCGGGGAGGAUAGAAAGAGUUCAAAGAGUAAUACAGUCACAAUGCCUAGUCGAAAUUGGGCAGUUCUCACAGAAAACUCACGCACUUCAUCAACAUCUCCAAACGCUCCCAACACAUCCACAGUCAAUAACACCGAAACCCAACCCCCAGCCCACGAUCUCGAACCCACUGCAAUCCCCAAAGAUGGUCACGCACCUCUUCACACAGGAGAACAGGGCGCAGGCAGUACACAUAAAUCGACAAAACCCGAACAUCAUGGCAAGAGCGCAGAUGGGAGUCUAGAUGUGGUGAUUAGGGUGGAAAUUGAUCAGCAUGAUCCUGAGGGGAAAACGAGGGGUUAUGGUAUGUCGGUGCCGGUGUUGAGGUAUGAGGGUAAGGUUUUGUGGGUGGAUGAGGGGAGGAAGAGUUGGGCGGGGAGUAGAAGGAGUAGGAGUUUGAGGGGGAAGAGGAGUAGGGGGGAGGUGGAUGGGGGUAUGGGUGGAGGUGUGGGUGGGGAGAGAGGGGGGAGUGCGGGUUAG